AUGGCCGAUCAUCAUGUGGAUGAGCCGCCUAACAAGCGGGCUAAAAUGAUCCGGGACCCUUUCCAGGGUCCGUCGGACACCGCAGAUGGGUUUUCGAACCUUGACAUGUUUGAUCUCGAGAAGGACCUCCCCGAUGAAUUGAUGGGGGGCUCUUGGGGUGAACAGCCCGGUGUCACGGGGCCAAAACCCCCAGCCCAGGGUCCAGGCCCCGGGCAAAUGGUGCAGCAGCUCAACGGGGAUGACCCCACGGCCGCUAUGCAAAGACAAAUUAAUAAUCAUCUCAUACAACAAGGCAACAAGGGUGGAUUAGUUGGCCACAACAACCCGUUGGGGUUGAGUAGUUUAGGUAGUAAGAGUCCUAAUUUACAGUCGCCGCCCAAUGUGUCAGUUUCCAAAGAUAUUAUGGGUGGCAUGCACCAGCAACUUAUACCAAAUACAAGUCAUCCAAAUCAACUGCACUCAUCUAUGCCUAUUCAAGGUGGUAUGAAUGUAGCCAACGUGGGUGGUAACAUGGUGGUGACGAACAGCAACAUGACUGGCUCCAACAUGCUGGGUGGUGGGAUCAUAAACAAUGUUAACAAACAGCUGCCCACGCUGAUGGGGAAUAAUCACCACCAGCCACAGUCACACCAUCCACAUGCACAGGCUAUGCAGAACGGUCCCCUGAGCGGGAGAGUGGGCGUCGGUGGGGUUGGUGUUGGUAUGCAGGCGCCCAACAUGCGCUCAGGGUUGGCGCACGGCGCGCACGCUGCCCACGGCGCCCACGGUGGGCACGCGGCGCACGGUGCUCACGCCGCCCAUAACGCGCACACGCGGAUGGGCGCGCCGGCGGGCGGCGGUCAUCCACUCGCGCCUUACCAUCCCGCCUACGGUCAGUCGGCGGCGGGCGGUGCGGCGCAGAGGGCGGCCGGCGUGCGCUUCGGACCUCCGCCCGAGGCAGGCGGGGGUGCUGCGCAGGCUGUCCCGCCCGCACCUUCACCGCAGACGCCGGGCGCUCCGGCCGGUGGACAGUCGCAGCCCCAAGCGGCGACUCAGUCAACGACGCCGGCGCAGUCCAACACGGGCUCCAUAGCGGACCCCGAGAAGAGGAAGCUGAUACAGCAGCAGCUCGUGCUUUUGCUGCACGCGCAUAAGUGUCAGCGGCGGGAGUCACAGUCAAAUGGGGAGACCUGGCAGUGCACGCUCCCGCACUGUAAGACUAUGAAGGGCGUCCUCAAUCAUAUGAUGUCGUGUCAGGCUGGCAAGAAUUGUGGAGUCCCACAUUGUUCAUCAUCACGACAAAUAAUUAACCAUUGGAAACAUUGUAAUAAGAAUGACUGUCCGGUCUGUUUACCUCUCAAACAAGCAGACCGAACUAGAACCAAUACUAUGAACGCGGCGGCGGCUCAUUCGACGACGGGUGUGGGGUCUGUCGGUGGCGUGGGCCCUGUGGGUCCCGUGGGCGGUGUGGGCGCCACGAGUGCAGGCGUGGGCGUGGGCGCCGUCAGCGUUAACGUCGCCUCCGCCCCCGCGCCUAACACCCUCCCCACCGUCAACCAACUACCCGGAGGCGCAUCUGCCCCAUCGGUGCCAACGAGUAAUUCGGUGGGAGUGGGCGCGGUCGGGUCCGUUGGUGGGGUGGGUGGUGUGGGCAGUGUGGGCGGCACGGGCGCUGACAUGAAGCGUGCGUACGAGGCACUCGGCAUCGCCUGUCCUACAUCCGUGGCGGGGAUGGUGGGCGGCUUCCCACGUACACCACUGUCCCGGCUGCCCGCACCCCGCCCGCCCGGCCUCACAGACGUGCUGCCGCAGCAGACCAUGCAGCAGCUGUUCCCCCACCAGCAGCAACCUGACAUGCAGCAGCAGCAGUCGCAACAACAACAGCAAUUGAUGAGUACUGGCACCCUCCAACUACCGGGCGGUACUGUCACGGCCAACCCUCACACCGGAACGAAAGAAUGGCACCAGUCUAUAACACCUGAUCUCAGAAACCACCUCGUUCAUAAACUGGUUCAAGCUAUUUUUCCGACACCCGACCCAACAGCCAUGGCAGACAAACGUAUGCACAACCUAGUGGCGUACGCGAGGAAAGUUGAAGGGGACAUGUACGAAAUGGCGAGCACUCGGUCAGAAUACUAUCACCUGCUGGCUGAGAAGAUAUACAAGAUACAGAAGGAGCUCGAGGAGAAGAGGCAGAAGAGGAAAGAACAGCAGCUGCAGGCUCAGCAGCAGCAGCAGAACCAGCUGCAGCAGCCUGGCGUGCUGCCAGGCGGAGUGAUGGGCGUGAGGGCGAGCGUGCCCGGCGUGGGCGUGGGCCGCCCGAACUUGCCCACGCAGGGUUUGCCAGCAAUGAGGAUCCCUUCGCCCAGCAUGCCACUAUCGAUGCCAGUCAAUAGAAUGAACUAUCAAUCGAAUCUAGUGGGACCUCCCGGACCUAGUCCAAAUCAGAUGCCUCAAACUCCGAACGGCGGCAGCGUCGGCGGAGUCGGCAGCGUCGGCAACCCUGGCAUGUCACCGUUCGGCCAACCGAUGACGUCACCCGCGCCGCAGUACUCGGUGCACAGUAACGGGCCGGCUGCGAUGCCGUCCCCCGGGCCCGCCGCGGACACCAAGCGAGCCGGGCCCGUCGCCAGCCCCUUCAUGAGCCACUCGAGUGCCUUCCGCGGAGAUACGGGCGGCGCCUCCCCCGCCGCGACGCCCGCCACGCCGCUCGCGCACGCCAGCCCCGCGCCCGACACGCGGCCCGCCUCGCGCCCGCCCUCCGCCGCCGCGCCCGCCUCCGCGCAGAUGGCGGCGCUGCAGUCCGCCCUCAACGACGACAGCCCGCCCGAGGUGAAGCGGGAACCGGACGACGUGCGCAUCAAGGAGGAGCCGGAAGACGAUUGCGGCGGGAAGGGCAUGAGGGACGAGACGCCCGGGGACGGGGACGAGCGGCCCGACCCGUUCGUGAAGCAGGAGGUGAAGCGGGAGGUGAAGGAGGAGCCGCCCGGCACGCCCGCGCCGCCCGACGGGGAGCGAGGACACAAGAAGACCUUCGCCUUCAAGCACGAGGAGCUGCGGCAGGCGCUCAUGCCCACGCUCGAGAAGCUGUUCCGCCUCGACCCUGAGUCUCUACCCUUCAGACAGCCGGUGGACGCGCAGGCGCUCGGCAUCCCGGACUACUUCGAGAUAGUGACGCGCCCCAUAGACCUGUCCACCAUCAAGAUGAAGCUGGACCGCGGCGAGUACAAGGACCCCUGGGAGUACGUGGACGACGUGUGGCUCAUGUUCGAGAACGCCUGGCUAUACAACAGAAAGAACUCGCGCGUCUACCGGUAUUGUACUAAGCUGUCGGAAGUAUUCGAAGUGGAAAUAGAUCCAGUGAUGCAGAGUCUGGGUUACUGCUGCGGAAGAAAAUACACGUUCAAUCCUCAAGUACUAUGCUGUUACGGCAAGCAGCUGUGUACUAUACCUCGAGACGCUAAAUACUUCAGCUAUCAAAACAGAUACACAUUCUGCACCAAGUGCUUCCACGACAUCCAGGGCGACACGGUCACGCUCGGCGACGACCCGCUGCAGCCUCAGACAGCGAUAAAGAAGGACCAGUUCAAGGAAAUGAAGAACGACCACCUGGAACAAGAGCCCUUCGUUAUAUGUAUGGACUGUGGCAGGAAGCAGCAUCAGAUAUGUGUGUUACAUCAUGAACAGAUAUGGCCUCAAGGCUUCUGCUGUGAUAACUGUCUCAAAAAGAAGGCUGCCAAGCGGAAAGAGAACAAAUUUAGUGCUAAGAAACUGCCAACUUCAAAGCUUGGUAUAUAUAUUGAGACGAGAGUUAAUAAUUUUCUUAAGAAAAAAGAGGCUGGUGCCGGUGAAGUGCAUAUCAGGGUUGUCGCAUCGUCUGAUAAGAUGGUGGAGGUGAAGCCAGGAAUGAGGUCUAGGUUCGUCGAGUCGGGCGAGCUGUGCGCUGAAUUCCCGUAUCGGGCUAAGGCGCUGUUCGCAUUCGAAGAAGUUGAUGGUACUGAUAUAUGCUUCUUCGGAAUGCACGUGCAGGAGUAUGGAAGUGAAAGUCCAUCGCCUAAUACUAGAAGGGUUUAUAUAGCAUAUCUAGAUUCUGUACAUUUUUUCCAACCGAGGCAAUAUAGGACUGCCGUGUAUCAUGAAAUUUUAUUAGGUUAUUUGGAUUAUGCUAAGCAACUGGGCUAUACGAUGGCCCACAUCUGGGCGUGCCCGCCUUCCGAGGGGGACGACUAUAUAUUUCACUGCCAUCCGCCCGAACAAAAAAUACCUAAGCCUAAGAGGUUACAGGAAUGGUAUAAGAAAAUGUUAGACAAGGGUAUUAUAGAGAGGAUAAUAUUAGAUUAUAAAGAUAUUCUUAAACAAGCUAUGGAGGACAAUAUCUCGUCAGCAGCUGAACUGCCUUAUUUUGAGGGUGAUUUUUGGCCGAAUGUUUUAGAAGAAUCUAUCAAAGAGUUGGACCAAGAGGAAGAGGAGAAAAGAAAACAGGCUGAAGCCGCCGAGGCAGUGUCAUCUGAGGAGAACGAACAAGGCCCCGACGGCAAAAAGAAGGGUCAGAAGAAAGCGAAGAAGUCAAACAAGUCCAAGGCGGCCCAAAGAAAGAACAGUAAGAAGCAGAGCGACCAACAGCAGGGGAGCGAUCUCAGUGCAAAGAUAUUUGCCACCAUGGAGAAGCACAAGGAAGUGUUCUUCGUUAUUAGGUUACAUUCCGCACAGUCCGCCGCUAGUUUAGCUCCUAUCGGAGACCCGGACCCUCUAAUAAACUGCGACCUCAUGGACGGACGGGACGCCUUCCUCACGAUGGCUCGCGACCGUCACUACGAGUUCUCAUCCACGCGCCGCGCCCGCUUCUCCACCCUGUGCAUGUUGUACGAACUCCACAACCAGGGCACCGACAAGUUCGUGUACACCUGCAAUAGCUGUAAGUCGCACGUCGAGACGCGCUACCACUGCACCGUGUGCGACGACUUCGACCUGUGCGUGCCCUGCUACGACAAGGAGGGACAUCCGCACAAGAUGGAGAAGCUCGGCCUGGACUUAGACGUGGGCUCCUCGCCCGGAGACCUCAAGCAGGCGAACCCGCAGGAGGCGCGCAAGCUGUCCAUCCAACGCUGCAUACAGUCGCUGGUGCACGCCUGCCAGUGCCGCGAUGCCAACUGCCGCCUGCCGUCCUGCCAGAAGAUGAAGCGAGUGGUGCAGCACACGAAGAUCUGCAAGCGAAAGACGAAGGGCGACUGCCCGAUUUGCAAGCAGCUCAUCGCGCUGUGCUGCUACCACGCCAAACACUGCACGGAGACGAAGUGCUCGGUGCCGUUCUGCAGCAGCAUAAAGCAGAAGCUGAAACAGCAGCAAGUACAGCAGCGGGUGCAGCAGCAGCAGUUGCUGAGGAGGCGAGUGGCCGCCAUGAACACGCGGGGCUGUGCGGCCGGAGCGCCCAGUCCGCCGCCGCAGCCCGCGCUCGGCUCCCCGCCGCCAGCCAAGCCCGCAGCACACGCGUUACCGCACAACGUGCAGAAAGCGUUGCAGCAGGUUCAGGAAGAAGCGGCGAGACAACAAGCUCCGUCAUACGGAAAACAAGCGGCCAUGGGUCCGCCAGGCGGCGUGGGCGGUGUGGGCGGCGUGGGCGGAGUGGUGGGCGUCGGCGGCGCGGCGGUCCGGGGCGCGGAGUGGAGCGCGCGGUACAGGGCGCCGCCGCCCUUACAUCACGCGGCACACCAGCAUCACCGACUGCCGCACCACGCGCCGCAUCCGCAGCACGGACACCAUCCGCAACAUCCGCAGCAUCCGCAACACGCGCAACAUCCGCAGCACGCGCCGCCCAACAUACAGCAGCGAGCGGGCGCGCCGCAGCAGAACGCCCAGCCACAGAUGCAUCAGAAGGCCCUGGCGCAGCUGAUGGCCACGCUGCGGUCGCCCACCACACACAACCAGCAGCAGGAGAUACUACAGAUACUCAAGUCCAACCCGCCGCUCAUGGCCGCCUUCAUCAAGCAGCGGGCGCAGAACGCCCAAAACCAACAGCAAGCCGGUUCCGGUGUCGUCGGCCCCGUUGGGAACGUAGGUGUCGGCAACGUUGGGGUCGGCGGAGCGGGAAACGUGAACGUGCCGCUAGGAGGCGUGGUGUCACAGCAGCCGCAACAGAUGCAGCACAUGAUGCAGCCGCAGCAGCAGCAGAGGUUGCAGCAGAUGCACCAGAUGCUCCCCCAACAGACGCAGGUCGGCGGCGUCUCCGGCGUGAGUGGGGUCGGAGGUGUCGGCGGCGUGUCGGGUGUGGGCAUCGGUGGGGUCGGCGGUGUGGGGGGCACACCCGGCUGGUUCAAGCAGGGGGUGGGCGGCGUGGGCAGCGUGGGCGGCGUGGGCACCGUGGGCGGCGGCAUGAUGGGCAUGCGAGGCGCGUACGCCGGCGGCGGCGGCGCGCCGCGGCUGAGCGGGCGCUACUUCCCCGGCGGCGGCGUGGGCGCGGUGGGCGGCGUGCUGCAGCGCUCGCCACCCGCCACGCCGUCCCCGAGGCCACCCACGCCGUCGGAGCUGCUGCUGCUGCGCCAGUCGCCGGCGCCGCCCGCGCCGCUGGGCGUGCUGGACGAGCAGCUGCCCCCCAUGACGCCGCAGGACCAGCUCACCAAGUUCGUGGAGCAGUUGUAG